CGACACUUCUCCACAAUGGCAACAGCUAGUGCUGCCGAUCCGAACAAUCCAGGCAACGUUUUGGCGUCUGCGGUGGACACUGAAAUCAACAAAUUUCGUGGCUUACAGGAAAAAAUGGGCAGACUUGCAUCCGAUCUGCAGAUUGUCGUGGGUCAGGAAACGGAAAACGAAAUGGUUCUACAAGAGCUUAAUCUGCAGCAGAGCGACUCAGCCGUGUACAAACAAGUGGGACCCGUUUUGAUCAAGCAGAAUCUGGAAGAAGCCCAGGAAACGGUACGGAAACGUCUAGAGUUUAUCGCCAGUGAAAAAAAAGGACUCGAAGGCAAGAUACAAGCCACGGAAAAGGAGGGCAACGAGCUCGCCCUGAAAAUUCAGAAAAUGCAAUCCAACUUGCAGCAAACGACUGCGGAUGCUGUAAGGGCCAUUACCGCAGAACACGGGGGGACCGCUCGAUAAAUACAAUUAUAAAGAUAAGGUAUUUUGCA